CAGUGGAGGACAGGAAGGCCGACGAAGAAGAAAGCUCACGUGAUAUACUGAUGUCAUAUGAUCUGUGCCUAACACGGAACUAGUGGAGGAGACCCGCACUGUGGACAGCAGUACCCAUCAUCCUGUUGUCCUCUGUGGAGCUGGUGGGGCUGGACAUGGCAGAGAGACGGCUGCCGGCCAGGCUGCUGCUGCUGCUGCUCUGGGUGCUGAGCGAUGCCUCUGGGUCUAGAGUGUCUCUGUUUGCACCUGGCGCUGUCACCCUGGAGGAAAACUCUAAUGCCAGCAUCACCAUCACUUCCAGUUCCUCCAUCAACCAGACAGCCGUAAUCCAGCUAAAUGUGACCUACAGCUCCGUGGAGGACUACCCGUCUGUCAUCACACUGCCUCAGCAGGUGGUGUUGCCACCAGAGACGACUUCCGUCAGCUUUGAGGUGACGGCACACCGUGUCGGUCAGGUGACCACCUACCUGUUAAGCAACAACACAGACGUGGACAGCAUGACCACCAGGCUGCGCUUCAUGGUCAUCCACAGCAACGCUCUGUCAGUAAUCAGCCAGGUGAUUGGAUGGAUUUACUUCGUCGCCUGGUCCGUCUCCUUCUAUCCACAGGCCUGGGAAAACUGGAGAAGGAAAAGUGUUGUAGGUCUGAACUUUGACUUCCUGGCUCUGAACAUAACUGGCUUCAUUGCCUACAGUGUCUUCAAUAUCGGGCUGUUCUGGGUGCCGUAUGUCAAGGAGGAGUUUCUCAAGAGUAACCCCAACGGAGUUAACCCUGUCAGCGCCAACGACGUCUUCUUCAGUCUCCAUGCUCUUCUACUCUGUUUGGUCUACGUCUGUCAGGCUGCUAUAUACGAAAGGGGCGGUCAGAAAGUGUCCAAGGUGGCCUGGGUGUUGUUGCUGAUUGGCUGGACAUUUGCAUUGGUCAGUCUGUUUGUGGCAGUCGCCAAGAAGAUUACCUGGUUGGAGUACCUCUACUAUUUCUCCUACAUUAAACUGGCAGUGACUCUGAUCAAAUACAUUCCACAGGCCUCUAUGAACUACAGGAGACAGAGCACUGAAGGUUGGAGUAUUGGCAACGUGUUGCUGGACUUCACUGGGGGCACGCUCAGUAUCCUCCAGAUGAUCCUGCAGUCUUACAACAAUGAUGAGUGGAAGUUGAUAUUCGGUGAUCCUACCAAGUUUGGCUUGGGCUUGUUCUCGGUGGUGUUUGAUAUCAUCUUCAUGGUUCAGCACUACUGCCUCUACAGACACUCGCCAGACUACACCCCCGUCGGAGACGAGGACUCAUAGACACAUCACUGUCGGGACAAACACACUGCAGCACAUGAAGGUGUAACCCACACACACACGUGGACUGACUGUACGGAUUGCAUGACUACUGAUCUUCACCAACGAGUUGAGCCAGCUGACUUCAAGUUGACUGGUCAAGGUCUUGUAAUCUUUCAUUUCCGACAUGCCUCCGGGUAGGACUGUUGCACCAGAGCACUGUGGUGACUUUCAUUUCUGUUCAGCUUCUCAGAGCUCAGAUGUUUUGCUUCACCAGUUUGCCUUCUUUCCAGCUGUUACCAAAGCUGUCAUGCACUCUUAUCCCUCUUCCUGCUCUUCAAAAGUGAGUAGCACCAUCCUCUUUGUGGCAGGAGCCAAUGGAGUUCAUGGGAAAAUGUUUUAAUAAAUACAAAACUUAGCACCCUUUAAAAAAAAAAAAAAAAAAGAUAUAAUAUAAAAUGAUUAUUCAGUAACUACAGAUUUU